AUGCGGUUCUUGUCGUUUCACUUUCAUGUCAACUACCGGUUCUUGCACGCGGUGAGUUUAUUUCUGGCCAUCCAGCAGGCGCACUCCGCUGCACCGCGAACGCGUAGCGUUCUUCGGCAGGAGGCCAGCAGUGUCUUUGACAGCGACGUUGCAGCCCAGGAGGAUGUCGCUCGACCCAGUCUCACUGCCUCCGGCCGCUUGAAUCUCUCAUCUGGACGCCUGAAACUCGAGCAAGGGGAGGGAGGCGUGUCGCGUCCUGCGAUCGCUAGUUGCGCGCUGGCGCGGGCUGAUCGCGGCUCGGCACUGCAACGUUUGAGAGCCCCCGACCUUGAUGAGGAGUUCGAAGAUACCUGGAAGGACAACGUUGGAACUACAAAGCACCACGCGUUGCUGAUUGCGCGAGGAAAAUCGAUGGCGGACAUACGGUCCGGUGCAGAGGACGAUCAGGACCACGCGGAAGGCGGCGAGGACGUUUUUUCAGAGGAACGAACAAGCUUUUUUCCGGAAGAAACGACCGAUUGCCAGAGUACCUGCAGCGAAGCGAGUGAAGCUGCAGAAGGUCAAGGCUCGUGUUCGCAGUUUUUCCGGGAUCAAAGGAAGGGCUGCAACAAAGCGAUGCUUGCACUAUCCAAGGCAGCCUUCGUGCUGUCGCUUCUGGGCGGCGGCGCAGUAUCGCUUGGAUACGUUUCGAGAAGUUCUUCCCAUGUUGACGACUUUAUCUCCGGAGUCAAUUCCGCAGAAGCGCCGGAUAAAAAUUUUUCCGCGGCUGGUAGCGGUUCAGCAAGCACAAGGGGAGAGGCCGUAGAACGUACCGCGACAAUCCUCGCCUUGGGGGACAGCAUUACGGAGGGGUUCUGGCUCGACCCCGCCACGGGCGGCGUACCGGAGAAGUGGUGUUUGGCGGAGGCUCUUUGGGUCAACCGACUGGCGAGAAAGCUGAACAUGGGAGCGGGUACCAAACCUCUUGAGAAGCCGCGGCGGCCGCUGCCGUCGGAUCAUGCGGCUGGAGAGGAGCCGCGCCAUGGAUUUGCACCUUGGAACGGGAGGGAAAACGCCCAAGAAAAUUUCUUUCAGGUUUGCAACGCGGGGAACUCUGGCGGGCUUUCGACGAUCCUGACCGGGCGCGCACCUACCGGGGGGAUCGCACCAAAGAACGCCAGCCCGCACGCCACACUGGUGAAGCAGCUGGGAAAAAACAAGACCGGAACAACUCGGGUCGCCGGCCGUGUCAGUGCAAGGUCGAUGACGAGUCAAAACAAAAGCAGCCUGCUAGAGCAGAUCCUCGCGACCUUCAUUGCGAGAAAGAAGAACGAGGGGGAUCAAGACGACGACUACAUUUUCUAUCUCACCGUACUGUUUUUCGGGACCAACGAAGUGAACGGCAGCUUUCACCCGGACGCGCCGAACAAAAACUGGUUUUCACGAAAGAAGGAUACGCGGGACCUGAUUGACAACAUGAAGUACAUCAUCGGGAAAGUUACCCCCUUGUCCAAGUACUUCGUUCUAGUUUUCCCCUAUUCGCCAAAGCCCGCGUGGAUCAACAACGUCCAGCUUGCCUGGCCAGACGGUCGGGACAAAAACUUCGCACGAUACAAGACGGAACUGAGGGACUUCGUGAAGCACAAAGUAGACAACGGUCGCUGCAUAGAUUUGGCCGAGGACAGUGUGCCACUGAGGACGACUCCUACGGCGCAUAGUAGCGAAGUAACCUCCACCCAGGAGGCUGUGACUGCGCUGGGCCCCCCUGCUCCUGCAUCUCCUGCAGGUGUUCUUUCGUCUUCUUCCAGCCUGGCAAAGCCGUUGCCUAACUUUGCAGCUUUUGCAAAAGACCUGCUUCAUCCGAACGCCCUUGGGCACAAAAUCAUCGGCGAACUGGUUUACGGGGCGUUGGAACAGCUCGUAAAGCAGCGGCACGUGAAGAAAACGAAACGUCACAAGGUCUUGUUGCGCGGCAAGAAGUCAGCGCAGUCAGAAAUGCGAGAAGUCGUGAUAUGAAGAGAGGGUGAUCGUGUUUCAAUUUUUUCUGUUCUCGUAGCUACAGCAGUAAUCUCGAGUUUGCGAACUGUAAAGACAAUGAAUCUGUUUUAUUUUGCCGAAAAAUUUUUGAAGGAAUUCUGGUUGUUGAAGUGAUUUGAAAACUACAUGGAAGCGCACGUGGUCGACUCGCUGCAACGACUACUUGCAUACCUAAAGGAUACGAUACUGUUUUGCUCACGGGCCAUCAGCCUUGCCUUCGCAUAAGCCUUAUUCUGCAGAUGCGCAUUUCUUUUUGACUUUUUGACUUUCUGUUUCUGGCUGUUUUUGAACUGAAGCUGCACAACCACUACCGCAGACGACCAGGAUGAUGACAU